AUGGCGAAGGCAGAGGCAACGGCCGCGCUGCUGACCGUCUUGGUGGUCCUGGCGGCGUCGGCCGAGAUGGCGCACGGCGUCUGCAACCUGUCGAGCGCCGGCAUCCGGGCGUGCCAGCCUGCGGCAGCCAUCCGCAACCCGACGGACCAGCCGUCGGCCGAGUGCUGCGCCGCGCUGGCGGGGGCCGACCUGGCAUGCCUGUGCCGGUACAAGAACGCCGCCGGCGUGUGGGUGAGGUUCUACCGGAUCGACAUCAACCGCGCCAUGGGGUUGCCGGGCAAGUGCGGCCUCGCCAUGCCGGCCAACUGCUGA